UAAGUGAUAUCUGUAAUACACUAGCGCCAAGAUGACAUUUCAAAGUAGGUUUCGUAUAACACUACCAUAUUAGGAUCGCAUGACGCAAACUCGAUUUGUUGUUACCACGAGGACAUUGUUUUCAUCGGAAUCGAAUAAAACGGAGAUAUAAAUUAUUACACAGCACACUAGCACAGUUAUCGCGUAAUUGCUCAUCCUCUGUGCACGUGCCACCUAAUUAUCUGUUUGCAGUUGACUUGUGAACCUACGAGAGUGUUAUUUUAUAUGCAACAAAUUAGUGCUUGUUAUUGUUGUAUUUAAAGGAAGUGAGGGUUUCCUUUUGUGAUAAACAUGCAUUUACGGACUUUGGUGUUAAUUUCUGUGCUUUCUUUAGCUUUUGGACAGGACAGGAAGAUAACUCCAACACUAAACCCAGACUGCAAUGCAUGCUCGUCAAACACAACCCUCGUCUACAUAAAAGCCGAAGGCUCCCACGAUACCAUACACCAGCUAUGGGACUUCACGCAGGGGACUCCGACCAUCAUCUAUGCUGUUGCUGGUGUCAACUCCUCACUGCAGGUCAAAUGGGCACAUGACAGACCUGUUAAGUUUAAUAUGUCUGAAGACCCGAGUUACAGCUUUGCUAUGGCUAUUUCUGAUAUAUAUGAAUACAACGAUCUAGAAGACCGAGGCCAUCCGAACAGCAGCACCAAGUUCAGGGCUUUCCCUCUAAAAGAGCUGACCUGGGCGCGGCAAGACAGUGUGUUCACAGAACAGGAGGCCAUGCUCGUGAUGGAAGCAGACAAGUACAGUCGGAAUAGGAACGGGACUGUCGCUAUUAAGGUACGGGGUCAUCCAAACAGCAGCACCACGUUCAGGUCUUUCCCUCUAAAAGAGCUGACCUGGGCGCGGCAAGACAGUGUGUUCACAGAACAGGAGGCCAUGCUCGUGAUGGAAGCAGACAAGUACAGUCGGGAUAGGAACGGGACUGUCGCUAUUAAGCUCGACCUCCUACCAUUCCGUGACUACGCAGUUCAACUACCUCACCUCAUCCACACAGCCAACUCAACAUUAGUAGACGUCCAACUGGCCAACCUGACGCAGUCGCGCGACUUUAACUCGUCGCGAUUUGCGCUGCGACUGAUCUUAGUCGCGUCGGACGCGGACGGCACGAUGUCGCGACGCGUAGUGAAGAGUUUAGAUGACGAGCACACGCCUGGGGUAUUCGAGAUCAUCGAAAUCAAAACGCCCCGGUGUGCUAGCACCGGCGCGGGCGGUUACAUGCAGUUCCGACCCGUCGCUUAUAUACAGAAGGAACGCAGCGUCACCUCGUCCACCGUCGUCCACCUGUCGGAUUUCAACAGUUUGAACAUACAACCUCUGGGAGACCUCGUGACAUAUCACUCGGUCGACAAAACGCCCCGGUGUGUUAUCACCGGUGCUGGCGGUUACAUGCAGUUCCGACCCGUCGCUUAUAUACAGAAGGAACGCAGCGUCACCUCGUCCACCGUCGUCCACCUGUCGGAUUUCAACAGUUUGAACAUACAACCUCUGGGAGACCUCGUGACAUAUCACUCGGUCGACAAAACGCCCCGGUGUGUUAUCACCGGUGCUGGCGGUUACAUGCAGUUCCGACCCGUCGCUUAUAUACAGAAGGAACGCAGCGUCACCUCGUCCACCGUCGUCCACCUGUCGGAUUUCAACAGUUUGAACAUACAACCUCUGGGAGACCUCGUGACAUAUCACUCGGUCGACAAAACGCCCCGGUGUGUUAUCACCGGUGCUGGCGGUUACAUGCAGUUCCGACCCGUCGCUUAUAUACAGAAGGAACGCAGCGUCACCUCGUCCACCGUCGUCCACUUGUCGGAUUUCAACAGUACGUAUAUAGUUCCGCCGAGCACGUUGACCCGUUUCUACCCUAACAUCGACGAGAUGCUAAUAGAAGACAUGAUCGUGUCCUUCGGCGAGCCUCAGGACGGGUUCUACAGGCAACACAACUAUACUGCUUGGUCCACAACAUUCGGUUACGGCGCUCCACCCGUCGAAACCUUUUCUCUAUUCGUUAUAUUAGUGAUCACCAUCGGGCUGUCCGUGCCGAUUCUACUAGCGCUCUCCGGCGUGCUGUACGUGGUGGCGCGGCGCUGCCGGCUCGGGAACGGACCCACGAGGCUGCGGGAGGAGUGACUAGCAGGCUUCAGGCUGCUCAGCCAGGACGAUGUCGAGGUGGACUCAUAAAUUAUUUGUGAAAUAAUUCAUAGACCAAGAUAAGACGG